AUGGCCGGCAGGUGCCUAGCAAAGCGCUCGCUCGUGCCAAACGACCUCUACGGAGUACUCCAUGCGUCUGAGUUGAAGUGGAGGGGCGGCGAUGGCUUUUAUACGUUCGCCUCUGACGCGGCGCCAGCCGCUGAAAGGGUGGGCGGGGUGCGGGUGAAGGGGAAGCAGAAACACAAUUCGACAGAAAGAGGCGAAGGCGGAUAUGUAAGGAUGGAUAAAAAUGCUGUGUUUCUUGUAUACGAAAAUAUUAUGGUUAGGGAAAUGGUCAAAGUGAAAUUGGACAUUUGA